ACUCUUACUAGGUGUCAAAUCUCUUACCUUCUCUACAAUGUCUUCAUCUAUUAAGCUGGGUUAAUGCCAUCUGAUAGGAUUGUUGUGAGGCCAAAAUGAAAGCACUUUGUAAUACAAAUUUCAAAGUGAUGGGUAAAUGUCCUUCUAUCUAUCCAGUCUAGUCCUUCUUCUACACCUGAGACCCCAGGGCAGAUGAUACAGGGGAUGAAAGGAGAUCUCCUCUGGACAGGGAGGCUUAGGAGGUCAGAUCUGGAGGUCGAAGCCGUUUGGGUCUGAACCAUGGUGUCUCUGCUACUGGCUUCCAGAGGGGCAGCAGGGACCUUCUUCUGGAAUUUGGACCUAGCCACCUCCAUCAGGAAAGAGGAUAGGAAGAGGGGAAGCUGUCUGUGCCACCUCUAGCAACCUGCUAUGUUUGAAGCCAGGCUUUGCUCCAUCUUCCUGGGAGGCCCACCUCUUCUAAGGCCCCCUGUCCCUGUUAUGGCCCCCCAGACACUGUGGCCCCACUCAGAUCUAGCCAACUGAGGCUCCUGCCAAUGAACAGGGGACGUAAGUAUCUCUCCAGAAUUCUAGCCACCCACUGACAAGAACCUGGGCCCCCACUCAAGCCCUACCACUCCACACAGGAGCACUAAGUGUGAUUCAGCAAGGGGAGAGUAGGGCCCCAUCCAUCCCCCUGGCCAUCCCCCACUGGAGUGGAACCCCUCCACGACACAGCCCCCCAGCCACGGGGUCAGUGAGGACGUGGGGUAUGGCCUUCCACUUCCUGAGGCCUAUGGUAUUCCUUUUUCUGCUCCUGGAGCUGCCAGCCAGCAAGGCCCUGGUGCGGGCAGUGGCCAAUGACAGUGCCAGCGCUGUGGACUUCAGCGAUGCACCUGCCCUGUUUGGGGCUCCCUUGUCUGAGGAUGGUGUUCGAGGGUACCUGAUUGAGGCCCGGCCACCCAACGCCUGCCAGCCCAUUGAGGGUCCGAUGAUAUCCAACCACUCCCUUGGCUCCAUUGCUCUGGUCCGCCGCUUCGAUUGUACCUUUGACCUCAAGGUCCUCCAUGCCCAGCAGGCUGGCUACCAGGCAGUCAUUGUGCACAAUGUCCACUCGAAUGACCUGGUCAACAUGGUGCAUGUAUACGAUGACAUCCGGCAACAGAUUGAGAUCCCAUCGGUCUUUGUCAGUGAGGCCACAUCAAAGGACCUCCGGGGUAUCCUGUGUGGCAACAAGGAUGCCCAUGUCCUCCUCUUACCCAACCAUCAACACUACUCUGAGCUUGACUGCCACCCUGUCCUGUCUAUCUCUUGGGUGCUGGGCCGCAUGGUGACCCUGCUGAUAUCCACACUACUCAUCAUCAGGAAGGUCUGGCUGUACUGGUGGCAGUGGCGGGAGAGGGGCACUGUGGCCAAGACUCCCAGCCGGAAGAAGACUCACUUGCGUUCCUUCACCCGCCAAAAUGAUGUCUGUGCCAUCUGCUUGGAUGAAUAUGAGGAAGGGGAUCAGCUGAAGGUCCUCCCAUGUACUCACAUCUACCACCGCAAAUGCAUCGACCCAUGGUUCUCCCAGACCCUCCGUAGGACCUGCCCUGUCUGCAAGCAACCUGUGGUCAGUGCUGAGGAAGGCUCUGACUCCAACGCAGAGAGCCUCAGUGAGGACGAGUCGGCCAGAUCACGACUGGACCACUGGACAACAGAAGUGCUGACCCUAGUUCGUCAACUACCCUCUCACACAGAUAGCUCCAGUCACAGGACCGAAGACUCAGAGACUGAGGAGGAAGCUGGGAGGGACUCCUCCCAACCCUGAGAAGCGUUCCGCUCAGGCCUCCCUACCCCAGGCUUGGCUCCUCCCUUCCUCCUUCCCCACACCCCCAUUUUCUUUUCCCAGCCAGCCGGCUGUGUUGGCUCCUCCCUAGAACCUGGCUGAAUAUCACCGUGUACUUAUGUCUGGCACAGCUUGGCUUGCCUUGGUAGAGAAGCCCAGAUGCUGCAGUACCUGUUUGGAAAUGCAAAACUUUAUAGGCUGCAGGCAAUAAAAUGCCUUUGGAA